UACGAAACUAUAAGGACGCGCACUUUUCAAAAAACUAAAUGGCUUCAAGAGAUAACCGUCUAUCCGUAUAUGUUGGUAAUCUUCCCCCAAAUACUAUACAAGGUCAUUUUGACUACAUAUUUUCUGGUUGCGAUAUAGAAAGUGUCAGAUUAGUGAGAGACAAGCAAACAGACGAAUUCAGGGGAUAUGCUUACGUAGAUUUUAAAGAUGAACAAUCCUUGCGAAAGGCAUUAACUGUCGAUGGUGCGAUUGUUGAAGGACACUCUUUGCGAGUAAAUCUAGCCAGUGAAAGACCUGGUCGUGGUGGUGGAGGUCAAGGAGGUCACUGGGGUAUGAAUAAUGGGUUUGGAAAUCAAGGACGUGGUGGUUUCGGCGGUCAUGGACGUGGUGGUUUUGGCAAUCAAGGACGAGGUGGUUUUGGAAACCAAGGACGUGGUAGACCCAGUAUGGGUGGUGGACGAAUGGAAAGUUAUGGUCGCCCAAAUCGAGGCGGAAUGGGUGCAUUCGGUGGACAACGACAAAGUUAUCAUCCUCCUGGACUGUCACGAGAACAAUUAAAUGAACCUAUUACUACUACUACUGCUACUGCUGCUAAGGAUCCUCAGUCAAAUUCUACUGACUCAAUCAAUAGUGGAUCAGGUGGUGAUCGACCAAAAUUAAAUUUGAAAAUGAGAGAAACUCCAAUCAAUACCAAUGAUAAUCGACAAUUGUCAGAACGGGCUCGUGCAAUAUUCGGAGUUGGACGUCCCCGAGAAGCUAGUCCAGUUCGAGAAAAAAUAAAUUCUGACGGAAACACAACCGGUUCUAGUUAAAUUAGGGCGAGAUUAAAAAAAAACGGAAAAAGUAAAGAUGAUCAACACACACACUCACACACUCACAUACACACAGUGUAGUUAUUUAUAUACCACAAAUCGAUUUUCUUUUUUUUUCACAACUGUUUUCGUCAGUCCUGUGCCGCACCCCCACUUCAACCCCCUUCCUUUUUUUUGAUCAAAGAAAACCGUCAAACUACAUAUUCUUUUUCCCCUUAUUCCAUCUUACAUACUACAUAUAUAAAUAUAUAUGUAUACAUAAAUGUAUUUGUGUAUUUGUGAGCUAAUUUCAUUGCCCAAAACAUUGAUAUCACUGUUUUUGUUUUUCUACACCGCCCCCGCCCCACGGCCUCCUGCUCCACUUUAUCGCAUUAUAUGCAAAAAACAUGUGUAAACUUUAUUAGUACACUACAACUCAUUUUGUUUCUGAAUAUUCCACCAAAAAAUGUAAACAGAUAUUGUCCAGUCCGGUUUCUUCUCUUCUUCUGCUUCUUCUGUUAUCGUUGCUGUUGUUAUUGUUGUUGUUACGGUCAGCGCAUUAAUCAGUAUUUGAUUGUUUGUCCUUACACAGUGUCUGUUGUAUUGUUGUUGUAGUUGAUGUAGUUUGAUUGUAUAAAAUCGAAUCAAAUCAAUCUUCUUGAGAUUUACUUCAUUACCUACUUACUUACUGACUUCCUUAAUCUCUUAUAAUACACAGUGUAUUCGUGUCUACAUUCUCUUUGUGUGUAUGUGCUUGUGCGUGCGUGUGUGUGUGUGUACAUGUGUGUAAGUGAAUUGGUUCGACUGACGUUCUUUAUCUCAUCAUUUGAACAAACACUUCUUCAUCAUUGUCGUUGUCAAUCAUCACACAUUUCUAACUAUAUUGAAAUUCUUAUUUUCUGUCCGUCCGUCUAUGUUCUCUAUGCACUAAUGCACUAAUUGAAUACUUUUUCUUUUGUAUUGUAUACGAAAACAGUGUAGUUGUAAAAAGAAGAAAAAAAAUGUGAAAAACUUAUUCAAAAUAACAAUUGUUGUAAUCUUCUGUUUUUGAAUAUGAUAAUAAUCGUAUCAGAAAAACAAAAUUAAAUAAUAAUAAUAAUCUUAAAAAAUAAAU